GGUGACGUUUAUUCCAGAGAAGCGAAAAAAAGAAGCGCACCGAGAAGAGAAUACAUAGUUCUAAGGACUUUCAUAGACAAUAAAAGCAAAUAAACAGUUAAAGGAUCAGAGCGCAACCAUGCUUCGAGAAAAUCUUCUCAUGGAGACGCUUUGGGAUUGGGGAGGUCGAAUGCUUGCUGGAGACGACGGACAUUCCGAAUUUGGCUUCCACAUUGCGUUCCCCGAUCUGUACUUGACUAUUGUCUACUUCACCUGUAUCUAUCUACUCGGACAGUUUGCAUCUCGUGUUCUACGGAUGCCGAGUUUGGUCGGAGAAAUUUUCUGCGGUAUUUUAUUGGGCCCGCCGCUUGCCAAUAUUGUUCCCAACCCAGAAGCCCUGGUCUUAAUUGGUGAAGUGGGGUGAGUACUUUACAACUCGGCAUCUAGUUGACUGUUUCGUUUAGCGGAAUAGUCGUUGACAAAAACUAAUCGUUUCCCGAUUUGAAUAUUACAAAUAUUAUAGGCUCAUUUUGCUCGUGAUUGAGGCUGGAAUCGAUAUUGACAUGGCUGUUAUGAAUUUAGUCGGAACGAGAGGUUUGAUAAUUGCUGUGGUGGGAAGUUUUCUUCCUAUUGGUGUCGGUGUCCUUAUUGCAUGGGCUAUCAACGUUGGUGAUUGGAAAGCAAUUAUUGCUUCAGGUGCUGUGUUCGGCCCAACAUCACUUGGUAUUGCCUUGAACGUCUUGAAAGGGGGUAAGAUUUUGUUUGAGUUUGAUUGUCGCUGUAGCUUGACGAAUUAUUUUAGAACACUUUUGUUUUGUCUCUCAUUUCAUAUUCUUUUCACAUCGAUUGUAUUUGGUAUACAUUAUUUUCUCGUAUUUUCUAGGUGGUGUUCUCAAUACGUAAGUUGACUCACCCAUUAAAUCUUUUUUUUGUCUGAGAUCACAUACGUCAUUCUCACGUUUUCUUUUUGUGUCUUCUUAAAGUCCUGUCGGCCAAAUGAUUGUUGCUGCCGCUGUUGUCGACGACAUGAUUGCGUUGGUUGUCUUGUCACAACUUGAGGGUUUGGUGGGAGAAAUCACAGUCGUUKGUAUUGUCAUUCCAAUGGUCAGCGCCCUUCUGUUUUUGGUUAUAGGCGGAUAUAUCGCCGUCUUCGUCUUGCCAAAACUAUUUUCCAGAUUCAUUCUACCAAAAUGCCCGGAAAACUCUCGCGAUAAGGUUGAAAUGACAAUCAUGUUUGGAUUGGUCCUAGGGCUCAUGCCUGCCACGUAUUAUGCGAAGGCGAGCUACUUGAUGGGAUCAUUCCUUGCAGGUUUGACCUUUUGUAACUCGGACGGAUUGCACCAUCAAUUUGUGAAACAAUUUAAACGUAUUUUACAGUGGUUGAUGCGAAUAUUUUUUGCUUCGACUAUUGGUUUUCAGGUGCCCAUUAAAGAUUUUGGUGACAAAAAAAUUAUUUGGCAAGGUUUGGUCUUUUGUCUAUCUUGGUUGAUUGGUAAGGUUGCCGUGGGUUUCUUGGUACCAAACUUCAAAGUGGGGCAGAAAAAAUUUACAGGCAAUCAUUUUCGAGAUUGUUUGAUUACCGGUUUCAGUAUGGCAGCGGAAGGAGAAUUCGCAUUUGUUAUUGCUGUUUUUGCCGUAGACAAAGGAUUGAUUAGCGAAGAUCUUUACGCUAGUUUGGUCCUUGCCGUUUUGAUCUCAACAAUCAUCCCACCGUUUGCUUUGAGGUUUACAAUUAACUUUUACAACAAAAAAGGAGAAGAAGCUGUGGCCAGGGCUGCGGAACGAGAAGAAAUGCGGGAGCAUAGCGUAGCACUGGAUUUGAAAAACGGAGACGAAGAGUUGGUUGAAGGAAUAAAAAAACAAACUGAAGUUUUUCUUGUUAUCCAAACCCAAUCUGAUUCUAGUUGGGGUCUGCUCAUAAAAAUCAUGGGUGUCUUGGGUAAGAAAGGUUUGGAUGUGAUUGAUCAUCGUGCAUGGUCCCCAAGAGGAAUCAACACUACACUUGUGAAUGAGGUGUAUGCAGCAAGUCCCAUCCGUGUGAAAGAUGGGCAGACUCAGGUAGAGGCACUCGAUGCGUUGAUUGAAGAUAUUACAAAUGCGAUCAAGGAUGCUAUCGAUCAAAAAAAUUCAAGAGUCAAAGUUCAACGUUGGUUCCCUGGAGUGGUGGAAGAAGUUGUCGAAGAAACGAACGAAAGGCAGCACACAGAUAUUCGUCAACGUCUACUACAUGAGGCAUCAUCCGCAUUGGAAAGAAAAGCAAAGUUGCAGACCAGCGCUACCAAAGAAAAGACAUACGAAGAAAUUAUGGGGAUCUCGUCCACGGUCCCCAAGGUCGACGAAUCGAAAGAAGAAUCGAAAGAUCCGGGUGAUAUGUCUUUCAUGCAAUCUGCGAGAGUUCUAGAUCAGACAACGCAGCAGAAACCUCGUCGAAGACGUCUUCAUAAAACUCAUAGUACACCAGUGGUCGGAGGAGGACUGUUUGGAGAAACAGUUGAGGCAAGGAGCGGCAGAGAUGGAAGUUCAAGAUUCCGUCGCGUUAGCGAUUACACGAAGACGAAGCAAGAAGAUUUGAAUUUCAGUCUCAAGGCAUCAGGUCUGCCCGCUGAGAUAACUAUCAAGGGACAAGUAUUCCAAAUUCGAAUCUCUUCAGACACUUAUCGUAACCUAAAAAACGGUAUGGAAGGUCAAACAACCGACAGUCGUGGUGUUCCCAUUACUGGAAUCGAAAUCACUGCCCAGGACGAUGCGCCGGUCGUUCAAAAGCUUCAAGGAUUUGUCAGAAAUGCAGGCCUUCAAAGAAUCCAAGAAGAGUCUGAGUAUUCAGCGGAGGACAGUGAAAAAGGCGCCUCGUGAUGAUUCAACUUUCAUCGUCUUCCUUACGAUCAAUCUAUAUUGGAGAUGGUGCCUACUCGUGUGCGUAGAACUUGAAGCUAGGUCAAAGAAACAGCAAUUAUCUAAACUAUAUUUUCAAAUAGUUUUGACUUAUUCGAUGCAUGGAUAUAAAUCAGAAGCACGUCA